AUGGCGCUCUCGUCCGAUCCGUACGAGCAAAAGUUGUAUCAUAUGUUCCAGUCCCACGGAACCGGCGACGGAUCGAGUGGUCUCGAUAGGGAAGCCCUACUGAAACUGUGCCUCACACUGGAGCUAAAAGAGCGGGGUCAUCUGUUGGUAAAGUGCCUUCUGUCGGGUUCCAAAACUCACGUCAGCUUCCGAGAGUUUCGCGAAGGGUUGCUAAAUAUUCUUGGAGGGUUUGAUGAACCGUCGGCCCUAACUGGAACCGGUGACGCCAGAGAAUGCUUCUCAUCGCUGCCUUCCGAUCGGAAGGAAUCUUACAUUUACAGUGAAGACUCGGACCAGGAACAGCAGCAACAGCAACAGCAGCACCACAACCAGAAGCACAUCGUAAUUCAAACUAACUCCGCAGUUCCUUCGAUCGACACGACAUCGAGUGGUGGCAAUGGUGCCGUUAACAGCAGUAGCACUUCCGGCUUUUCGUCGAAAUCGGGUUCUCCCUUGUUCCAGCAACCCGCCGUCGUGGUGCGAAGGAAGGAUCGUGGUCGUGAUCGUUCCCAGCAACCUUUCGAUGGUGGCCUGGCUGACGAUGGCAAGCAGCAAAAAGAAACGGCGGCGCAGGACCACGCCUACAGUGACGAGGACGGCAGUGUCGUUCCAGUGACUGACCAUGGUCUGGCGGAGCGUGAACAUCAAAAGAAAGACGCGCCGGAAGAAGUGUCGGACCGAGAGGUGUCACCGCGGUUCGUGGUCGGUAAGAAAAAGUACGGCCGCCGGUCAAGGCCAAGGCGGCCCGAAGAAGAUGUGAAUGGUUUCGAUACAUCGUCGAUGUCUUCGAACUCGGACAAUGAAUCGAUCAAUCUGGGCUCGUCAUCUGCCACCGCGCCCCGCACCCGGGCCAGUAACAGUCCUCCCGGGCCGCUAGGGGCCGGUUGUAAAGUGAUCACUGGAACGGGCGCAGUGUCAUCGCGUGUACACCGAUCGGCGUCCCAGAGUGAUAUUCACGGCUCGAAGCGUCGACGCCAGCCGAUGCUGGUUGGCGGAACGGGUGCUGGCGGUCGUUUGAAGCGGUGCGCAUCGUUACCGACCCAUCGGCAACGGCCAUCGCAUCUGAUCGACAGCAGCAACGGCACGCACCGCGAGCACCAGUUGCACAUGGACGAUGAGCGGAUCGACCAAAAAAUUUACUUCAUGAAUUUGUCGGAAAAUUUGCGUGAAAUUUGGAACUCGCUCCUGGCUACGACCGAAGACGCCGAUGGGCACUUAAAUCAGGCGCAACUCGAGCAAGUUUGCGAGCGCGUCGGAUUACAGAAGACACCGGCCCGGUUGGCGGCCCAGGAAGUGUUCUCAAAGCUGGUGCUUCAACCACACGAGGGCAUCCGGUUUGGGGAGUUCAUUGGUCUGCUGGAACGCAACACCGAUCUGUUACCGAUCAGCGAGGGUACCGAUCAGCAGCAGCAGCAGCUACCUUCCGCCGCCGCCGAUUGUAGCGUCGUUCUGUCCAACAACCGUCCGGUCGGUACACUCGUCGGUCAUGCCAUCAUGCCUGAUUGGACGUCCGAAAUCGGUUCACUGGCUGCUUCGAUCAUAAUCGAUAUGUGGGAAUCGGCGGGAAUUCCUUCACCGGGCGCCCUACUGGACGAGCUGGGGUUCGAUAAAGACAUCAUACAGGUCGCGGAUCUGGUGCAGGCGUUGGAAGAGGAACACCAACGGUUGAUCAGUGACCGUCACCACCACCUAACAGCGGCGGCCGUCAAUUGCAGCAGCAUUGACGAUACGUCGCACAUCGUUCGGGCAUCACUGGCACUGCAUAAGGCCGAAGUGAACGCACUGCGCCAAGCGUUCCAUCAACUCGUGGAGGAAAACAAAAAGCUUUACGCCGACAACAAAGAGGUGAACCAACGUGCGAUUCUGUUGGCACAGGAAGUGGACGAGCGGCACAAUUCUUUGGAAACGGCCACGCGCAACAAGAUUCGCCACCUGAAGCAGCGCCACCACGAGAGUAUGAAGGAACUGUCCUCUCAGCUGACGUUCGAGCGAGAGCAGCUUUCGCACGCGAAUGCCGCCCUAGAGCAGCGGAUCGCUUCCCUCGAGACGGAGGAGUGCAAGCUGCGCACGACCGUGGCGCGGCUGUCGGAGGAAAACGAAGACCUGCGGCAGGAUCAGGAGAACCUGACGAGGGAAAUUACCGAGGUGCUAGAGAAAAACAUUAAACUCAACCGCGACAUUGCGGAGCUGGAGGAGAACAAUCGCACCGAUUACAUGCUGGUGGCGGACGAGGACGACGUCGCCGGGGCGACGGUUGUGGCCGCGCGAAAGGACAGCGAAGCGGACGUGCUGGAUCUGAUCGAUCGCAUAUCGCUACUGCAGCGCGAUAAUACGGGUCUGCGCGACAAAAACGAUGAACUGAAUGCCGAGAUCGAGCUUCUUACGUCGGAGUUGAGUAAAUUUAAGCUACGGCGUAACAAGACGAGCCCAUCGUCGGUGGGCUCCGAUGAACCCGAUGGCCUCACGGUGCUGGCGAGCGUGGAUGCAGGGGACGGGCCCGGGUUUACGUCGGCCACCAAGCGUCGGGGGGAUUCCCCGAGCAAGGCACGGUUUGCGGAUGACAGUCCACGGUUGGGAAAGCUGCGCAAGUGUAGCAGCGAUAAUGAAAACGAAUCCGAUUCGUCGUCCGGUGAUUGGAUGGCACUGCACUCCGAGUUGAAUGCCCACAGCAGCAUUCACGGCAGCGGUGGUGGCGGCGGCGGCGGCGCCGCUACCGCUGUGCUUUCCUCGGGCAUAUCGAGCUUAAACGAAGAACCAGUGGCCGCGCGAGCUGAUGAAGAGCUGAGGGCACUACGGGCCAAAGUAGAGGACCUCGAAGCGCAGCUGCUGGUGGCGAGAACGAACGGCGAAGCGCAGGAAACCGUUUCCGCGGAAGCGGUGCCAUCGACCAGUGGUCAGUCGGCGCCGGAACUGAAAGCCCGCUGUGAUGAGCUCGAGCAAAGCUUGGAGCAGAUGCGGAAAGAGUACGAAGACUGCGAAGAUUACUGGCAGACGAAGGUGAACGAAGAGCGGCAGCUGUACGAGGAAGAGCAACGGGUAAGCGAUGACAAGUUCGCCGAGUUGCUCAAGAAAAUGGCCGAGUACGAGGAACAGUUUGCGGUGCAAUCCGGGACUACAACGUCCACCGGCGGCCGCAACGGUCGUCUGUCGCCGAUUGACGAAAAAGAUGGCCUGGAGCAACAGUACCUCGAUCUGGAGGCCGAUUUCGAGCAAACGCAGCUAGCACUGGAAGAGAAGACACACGAGGCGGAAAAACUACGCCAGCGGGUGCUCGAGAUGGAACAGAUGGCGAACCAAUGUCCUUCGGAGAUGCUUCGCUCACCUUCGACGCGUACCGAUUCGCCGGAAGCUGAAGAUCGUCCAGCCAGCUCUCCGAUCAGUUACCUAUGGAAUCAAAGCACGAUCCAACGACCGGUGCGGGACUAUCAGAACCCCAACUGGAAACAGCACCAUCACACGGCGGCCACCACCAGCAGCAGCGUGGUGAUGGUGGAGGAACAAUGUGUCAGCAUGCCGUCCGCUUGCGCGGAUGAGCUGUCACGACCCGUCGUACCGUUCGAUCGGAUCAUUUCCCCCUUACAGAAGCCCGCGAUAGUUACCGUUGUUGGGGACAGUGGCAGUAGUAGUAGUAGUAGUAGUAGCAGUAGUAGUGGUAGUAAUAACUUUAGUAAUAGUAGAGCCGCGGUUCCUGAAGCGGUUGGCGUUGUGGUAUUACCGUGCAACCAGCAGCAGCAGCAGGAAACGCAGUCGUACUCCGAAGUGGAUGGUGAGAUCCUGGCCGAUACGUGUAUGGCAGAACCGUUUCCGUGCAUGCACAAUAGUCAAAAUCAAUACCAAACUCCGGCCGGAAACGUGGAAGCGGCCAGCGUUGCUUUACAGCAGCAGCUGCAACAGUUCCGUUUGGUGCAGCUGCAGCUGCAGGAUGAAAUCAAGGAGCUGACCCACGAACGCGAUGGCCUCAUGAUGGAGGUACAGCAGUUGAAGGAAGCGAAACCCAUCCUUGCCCGGGCGGCGUACACGAAAAAUGGUGGCCCGGGGGCGCAUCCGAACUACGCGCAAAAGAUUCAGCAUCUGGAGCAAAAGAACCGCCACCUGCAGUCGAUGGUAAAGCAGCAGCAGCAGUACACCGAAUCCAUCCUGCACCAAAUCUGGCAUCAGCAGCGCAGCGAAAUCAGCGACCUGCGCAAUCGGCUCGAGGCACAGUGCAUAGUAAUAUCGGAUCAAGCGGCACGGCUCACCAGCAACGAUCUGCUAGUCAAAGAUAUGUACGAAGAGAACACGCGGCUCCUGGCGCAAGUGCAGCGGCUCGAGCAUCAGCGUGUCCGGGCCAAAUGGUUGCAGAGCCAGUGGCCACCGGUAGUCGGCGCCAACCAUCAGCCGGCCACCGCCACCGCUGGCAGCUCUUCAUCUUCGUCCUCGCCGGGCGCGUGCGGUAGCUUCAUGCACGGAGGGCUACCGUAGCAAAGCGCCCGCUCCCACCACAUCCCGCUGGGUGUUACCAGUUGGUAAAAAGGCUUGAUGUGCGUUGAGGGAUCGUAAGUUUUUUUUUUAAAUUUUAGUUUAAGAGUAAAUUCGUUUCAGUGUAAACGUUUCUUUGAGCUCGUUUUAAAAUGGUUUAAAAUUCAGAAAAAUUGUGAAUUUCGUACGAGAGCGAACCAAAAAGGCUACAGAAUGUAAUGAAAUAUGAUUUGAAAGUUUGUUUGAAAGUGAGAGAAGCCCUGCCCUGUUCCAUUUUCGUAGAAGUGUUCGCUUCAACCAGUCAGUCCGUCCCCAUCGGUCGGUCUCCAUAACGUUCGUGCGACCCCUUAAGGCCGAAGACAUGUUAUUUAUUGAACCGAUCGAAAGUAUACUAUUGUUCUAACAAAAUGAACUGCUGCUAACCCCCUAUAUACAGUGCACUGUAGUGACGCAGUUUUAAUUUACGAACAAUAUCUGUGAUUAGUAGUGAGACACCUGAGCUACGUUCUAGCUCUUGCACGUCGAAAAUGCAUGGAAAAGAUCACACUGCUUAUCUUGCGUUACUGGAAGCCAUUGUGUCUGGGUUAGAAUGUUCACCGCUCUGCCUUGUCAGAUUUGCACAGAAAGGUACUGCUAGAGAGCAGAAGGUUCCUGUUCUUACAGGAAUGGUUAUGUAUCCCAGUGUCCGGGUAGCAUUUGCACCGAACCCCCGGCGGAACGCCAUUAGAUAUUCGCCAGGAGUCUCCAGGGGUAUUUAGUGGAGAAUUAACAUGUUUAAAAUGUUCUUUUUAAUUCACAUUCAUCGAUCGCACCGCAAACCGCAUCAACCGCUGUGUUUGAUUAGUUUUCGGGCUCUCUACCUCAACUGAAAUGGAACCGCACAUUCCUAUCGCAGCAUGCUCUACUGCGCUGUGCCUACUGUGCGCUAGCAACCGAAAAGACAGGCACCCGUGUAACAGCUUGUUCUGGCGGAGCGCUCAACUGUAGAGAACCACCCGUUUAUGAUAUUUUUCCUCUCACACCGACAGCUGUGUUUUCAUAAAGACAUGUUUUUAGAUUAACGUUAACGGUGGUUGGACGGUGGAAACUACUCUAUUCGAGUCAUUAAAUAAGAAAGAUUGUACACACAAAGUAUGCAUAUAUUUUUUAACUUAUUUUACCACACUCUUUAAGCACUGAAAGACGUUUAGGCUUACUCUCACCCUAUUAUGUUACUGUAACUUAUGUACAUGUGUUUAGCCGAGCCGAGCAAAGGAUAGAUUGUUGUGCGCUUUAGGAUGAACAUUGGCGGCUUUACACGGAAAGAAGCAUCGGUAGUGAAAAUCAUAGACAUCCUAGAGGUGGUAAUGGAGCAUAGAUGGAGUCGCCGUUUCGUCAGCAAACACCCAAAUAACGCGGUGCACCAGCUGUGUCGUCUGAUGUUACCUACUAAAAACUAAACCAUGUUUGCGAGAGAUUUGAAAAGAAAAGUUAAACAUAGAACGUUGCGGCCUAGUGACUGACAACUACCAGGAGAGAAUGUUGUCGAUAGAGAGAAGAAUGAAUGGGGUGAAUCUGCGACGGUACAAAGUGUGGAAAAAACUUAUAUGAGGGGUGUAUAAGUCCAACUAUCCUGUGUAACAUUUGCUUUCAGGGUAAAACAAAUUUGAAU